AUGGACGAAGAGGUAUCACGUCAUGACGACACUACAGGAAAAGACUUUCAUACAAAUCGAUAAAACUCCUUACUUAGCUUGUGACUGAUAGCUAGCAGGGACUGUAAUUGGGAAGACAUGGGUGGGUUCUUCUCCAGUCUCUUUUCUGGCCUGUUUGGCACCAGGGAGAUGAGGAUUCUGAUUCUGGGUUUGGAUGGAGCUGGGAAAACCACAAUCCUUUACAGACUUCAAGUUGGGGAGGUUGUCACCACUAUUCCCACCAUUGGUUUUAAUGUAGAAACGGUGACAUACAAGAAUCUGAAAUUCCAGGUGUGGGAUCUUGGAGGGCAGACCAGUAUCAGGCCGUACUGGCGCUGCUACUACUCUAACACUGAUGCCAUUAUCUAUGUAGUGGACAGCAGUGACAGGGACAGGAUGGGAAUCUCCAAGUCUGAAUUGGUGGCUAUGCUUGAGGAAGAGGAGCUGAAGAAGGCUGUACUGGUGGUAUUUGCCAACAAGCAGGACAUGGAGCAGGCCAUGACACCCACUGAGGUAGCCAACUCUCUGGGGCUGCCAGCCCUCAAAGACAGGAAGUGGCAGAUCUUCAAGACCUCUGCCACCAAAGGCACAGGAUUGGAUGAGGCCAUGGAAUGGCUUGUGGAGUCUCUCAAAAGUGGACAAUAACUUCAGCCUGACACCCUGUAAAUAUGUGACAUCCUAACGCAUCUCAAUGCCGCUCAGUGUGAAGUGAACUUUGCUGGGUCUAUGGCUUGACUCCCAUAUACUGAGCUUCCUUAUUCCAAAGGGUUGAAGUCCAUGUUCUCCUCUUUACAUGCCUUGGAGAGUGAUUUGACGAAAAGCUAGCCAAGCUUCUAGAUGGUAUACCUAGUGUUUCUCAGUGUAGUUGUAUAGCAUUUAGCAACCAUGCUGUUUGUGCCACAAUUCGUUCCUAUACAAGCUUCAACAAACAAUGUCCUGCGUUUGACGAUAUUCAUAAUUGGAUGUUUUUGUACUGCUGAGGAAUGCCUAAGAAAGUAUUUAAUCCAAUAGUUUAUUGUUAAAAGCAACAUUGGGUGUACAGGAAAGUAAAUGAGGAAAGCUCUGUUCUACUUGUAACCAGCUACAUGUUGCCCAGUUGUUAGGCUGAUGUCAAACAUGUGUGAGAAACCAUUGUGUGCAAAAAGCCAAAAUGGAAUACAUGGUUGGUUUUGAUUUCGGGAAGGGGUGCUGCUAAAACCAGUAGCAAAUUUAUUGAAUAACUAACCAACUAAACAAUGCUACAUACUUCACACAAACAGAAAGAUCGAGUUUGUACAUACUUUAUGUUAUUGUUAAACGGGCUGGUAAUAUGCAAGGAUUAAGAUAAACUGGCCCACAACUGAAUCUACCUGGAUAACACAGAUGGUCACUAAAUUCUGUACAGUACAACUAGACUGACAAAAUAUGUAUACCAUACAGUGUCUGCGUGAAAGCUGGACUAUGGCAAAGUGCACCUACAAGGCAUUGACCUGGAUUACAAGAACUACAGUAACCUGGACGGAGUGGAUUGCCUUGAUGCAGGGGACAUGUUAAGGUGGACUUCUUUUGCAGCUGUUGGAUGUUUUACAACAUGAUUCCGUUUCAUUCCUAUCAAUUUUCCUUUUCUAUUACUGCAGUAUUGCCAAAAAGGUGUCCACGUUUUUAGCAAUACUACAAAAAAUAUAUAUAUAUAUUUCAGAUAUUUAUUUAGGUUAUGGUUGCUGUGGACAUGUGGUUGUCCUUGUUUUGUGUUGUCUAUAGAGUCUCACGGUUUGUCCUUAUAAAUUUGGAUAACAUUGAUUUAAAUAUUUAUGUUCCUUGAUAAUGCUGUUAAUGAAAAUAAAUCAAUUUCAUUGUAUGCAAAAGGUGGAAGUUACUGGUUGUAU